AAAGAUCUUAAAACAUUUUUAAUAGAAUUAAAAGAUAAUAUUAGUCAACAACAUCAAUAUUUUUAUCAAACAGAUUUACCAUUUACUACUAAAGAAGAAGAAGGAAAUAAUAUUCGAAUUUAUCUAAAAGAAAAAAAUAUUUUAAAGUCUGGUGGACUUGCCAAAUAUAAAUAUGGAGAUAUUAAAAGAAAUAUUGAAAGAAUUUUAAAUAAACUUUUAAAAAAUACUCAAUUUGAAAAUGAUAAAGAAUUAAUUUUGUUGAAAAUUUUGUCUUUACAAGGAGAUACUCGUUCAUUUAAAAAAGGUUUAAAAGCUAAUUUAAAAGAUUUUAUAGAUCUUCAAGAUCAAGAAAAUGUUCCAAAAGAUAAAUCUUGGUGGGAUUGGAAUGGUUUUGCCGUUGCAAUGAUAGGACUUGUUCAAGUCAUUGCCGAAGCUGUUUUAGUAGCCUUUGGUUUGACUCAGAUAGGCAAUGCUUUAAUAUCAGGUACUUUUAGUUGGAAAGAAUGGGCAAUACAAAAAGCAAUUAGCUUCGGUCUCUCUAUGUUGACUGCUGGAAUUGGAAAGUUUUUGACGGAUAAAAUUAUGGAACAGAUUCAAGAAAAUGUUAUACAAAAGAUUGUUAGUAAAAUAGAAGAAAAUUUAUUAAAAGGAAUAAUCGGUUUAAUAAAUAAUAAAGUAGCAACUCUUUAUCUUCAAAAAAAAACAUUAGGAAAAGAUAUUUUAUUACCUCAACAAUUUGAUAAUAUUCGAACACGAGUUGUAUCUUCUUUAAGAAAUAGUUAUCAUCUAUUGGCUGAUGGUCUAAAGAAAUCAAAUUCAAAAUACGUUAAAAUGGCUGCUACUACUCUUAAAGCAAUAGAUAUCAUUAAUAAGUUGUGGAUUGUAGUUCAAUCUGUCUUACAGUUCGAACAUGUCCUUAAUACUUUAAAAGAUAUUAUUGAAGCAAAAGAUAAAGAUAGAGCUUUAGGUCUAACUGAUAUCAAAAUGUUAGCAGAUCGUAAAAGAAGAAAAAUAACUGUUUACAAUUCAAAUACUGGAGAAAAAGAAAUAAUAAAUCCUUCAGAAGUAAGAAAAAUACCUGUUCUUUUUAAACAAUCUGCUAAAAUCUAUUAUGAAGCAGGUGAAGAUGGAGAUAUUGGACAUUAUUUUACUGGUAGAGGAACAGAAACAUAUAUACAGAUCAAUGAACGGAAAGAUUGUUUGCUAAUAGCUUAUCAUGAAUCAUUAGGUAAAAAAGUAAAUGAAAAUAUUAUAGGACAAGAACGAGUAUCACUACGCCGUUAUACUGCUAAACAUUCAGAAAAAUAUGUUAGAGACGUAGAUGGAAGAUUGAUUUGA